AUGGGUAUCUUCUCACGCAAAGACAAGUCCAACUCUGUAGCAUCUGGCAGCACCCGCCAGGCCUCCAGCGUAGGCGACAUUAAAUCCCAAUCUUCACAAAGCUCCCUCAAAUCCCCCAUCACGCCCGCAUACUCCACCAGAAUGUCCUUCCCCAAGAUUGCCCUGCCGAAGGCUCCUGAUGCACAUGUCGACCCCGCGGGAUAUCUACGAAGCAUUGGCGCGGUGCGAGAGAGAUGCUCGGUUAUGCUGGAGAAGGCGCAGAAGAAUAACUUGAAUCAUUUUGACGUGGAUAUGAGCAUGUUCGAUGCCACAACAAAAUUCGUCGUUUCAAUUAUCAAGCGCGACUUUGCACCCGAUUAUGCGAGCAUCCCUCCACAUGGCCGAUGGCAACAUUUCAAUGUCGGUGGCCGAGACCGUAUCGCAGAGCUCUUGAAGACCUGGCCGAAGAACGUCGAUCAAUCCGAGCGAUGCCGCAGACUGCUUGACCUCUUCCUCGUCUCCGUCCUACUCGAUGCAGGCGCUGGCACAUCGUGGUCGUACAAGAGCGUUGAGAAUGGCAAGGUUUACAAGCGAAGUGAAGGCCUGGCCAUUGCGAGCUUGGAAAUGUUCAAGAGUGGCGCCUUCAGCAGCGACAAGAGCCAGCCCCAUCAAGUGGACAGCGAGGGAUUGCAGACUUUGACAGUGGGGGUAAUGAGAGGUGGAUUACAAGUUUCCGAUUCAAACCCAAUUGCUGGAUUAGAUGGUCGAACAGACCUUCUCAUCAAGCUCUCCGAGGCAUUGAAGAACCAUACUUAUUUCGGAGCUGAUGGUAGACCUGGAAACAUGCUAGACUAUCUCAUCUCUCACCCCACAACCCAAGCCUCCUCCGUCCCCAUCAUUGUCCUCCCAACCCUCUGGUCGGUCCUCAUGGAUGGCCUCGCACCAAUAUGGCCCUCCUCCCGGACAGCAAUCGAUGGUACUCCUCUCGGCGAUGCUUGGCCGCUUUCCUCCAUGCCCACAUCUCCAACAUCGCAGCCCUGGGAGACAAUCGUGCCAUUCCACAAGCUCACUCAAUGGCUCUGCUACUCCCUGAUGCAACCCAUGUCAAAGCUCAUGAAUAUCCACUUCGCAGGUGCCGAGCUCAUGACCGGCCUCCCAGAGUACAGAAACGGCGGACUAUUCAUCGAUACUGGUGUCUUGAAUCUAAAGCCCAAGGAAGAGAAGCGGGGGAUUCAGCAAUUCAGAGCAAACAAUGCAAAAGAGGGGACAGUUGAUAUGGAAGUUGUACCCAUGUUCUCUCCAGAUGAUGAUGUGAUUAUUGAGUGGCGGGCUGUUACUGUGGGCUUUUUGGACUUGUUACUCGAGAAGGUGAAUGAAAAGCUGGGCUUGCAGGAUGUCAAUCAGUUGAGCUUGCCGCAGAUGUUAGAGGCUGGCAGUUGGAAGGGAGGCAGAGAAAUGGCCGAAAUAUCGAGACCAAAUACGCAGUGCCCGCCAAUCGCCAUCCUGUCCGAUGGCACGGUCUUCUAA